CACAGACACAAGGCUGCCGCAUGUAUGCGUCAUGUGGCAGCCAGAGGGAGAGGAACAAGGCACCAAACCAACCAUGGAAUGGAAGCAAAACACUCCUAACAAUUUGGCGCCCUCUCUGUCUCUCUCUCUCUCUCUCCCCCCUUCUUUUUGUGAGAAGCCUCCUCCCACGUUUUCCCGUCUCCUUAACUGCUUCUCUCCUUCCUCUCCUACACAACUGUGGUGGUUGCAGCAAGAAAGAGAGAGAGGGUCUGAAGGCAGCAAGAAUUCAGUAGCAUUCCAGCUGCCGUGGGAGAGAGGGCAAGAGAGCAGGAGAAAGAAUUCCAGCGGCGGCGGCGGCGGCGGCGGUCGUCGGAGAGGUGGAGAGAUGGAUGUGGAGGGUGGUGGUGGUGGUGGUGGUGGCGCGCCGCCCAGGGGGAGGAAUUCUUGGGGAUGGCAGAAAGGAACACUUCUACUGGCAUAUCAGAGCUUCGGAGUUGUGUAUGGCGAUCUCUGCAUCUCACCCGUGUACGUGUACAAGAACACCUUCUCCGGAAAAUUGCGUCUUCAUGAGGAGGAUGAAGAGAUCCUUGGGGUAUUAUCUCUGGUCUUCUGGAGCCUUACUCUUAUACCUCUCCUCAAGUACAUCAUCCUUGUUCUAGGAGCAGAUGACAAUGGAGAAGGUGGCACAUUUGCUCUGUACUCAUUGCUGUGCAGGAAUUCCAAGAUGGGACUUCUGAACAACAUGCGUGCAAACCAUGGUUCUCUGUCGGCAUACAACAAGGAGGAACCUUGUAAGGAGUCGAGGAACAGCAUGCUCAUCAAGGCCUUCUUCGAGAAGCAUUACUCGCUUCGUGUUGUGCUGCUGCUGUUCGUUCUGAUGGGUACUAGCAUGGUAAUUGGGGAUGGUGUCUUGACCCCAACAAUGUCAGUGUUGGCGGCAGUUUCUGGGCUCAGAAUUAAGUUUCCAGAACUACAUGAAAAUUACACUGUGCUCCUUGCUUGUGUCAUUUUAAUUGGGCUUUUUGCAUUGCAACACUAUGGAACACGCCGUGUCGGAUUCCUAUUCGCACCAAUCUUGAUUUCCUGGCUCACUUGCAUUGGUGGGAUUGGCAUAUAUAACAUCAUAAAGUGGAACCCUAGUGUCAUCCGUGCUCUGUCCCCGUAUUACAUAUACAACUUCUUCAGGAAGGCUGGCAAGGAUGGCUGGAGCUCACUAGGAGGGAUUGUUCUUUGCCUUACAGGUGCUGAAGCCAUGUUUGCUGAUCUGGGGCAUUUCUCAAAGCUUUCACUGAGGCUUGGAUUCACAAUUGUUGUAUAUCCUUGCUUAGUUCUGGCUUACAUGGGUGAGGCUGCAUACCUGUCCAAACAUAGGGAGGAUCUCCAAAGUAGCUUUUACAAAGCUCUUCCAGACCGUGUGUUUUGGCCAGUGUUGUUCAUUGCAACGUUAGCCACAGCUGUUGGGAGCCAAGCGAUCAUCUCAGCUACAUUUUCCAUCAUAAGCCAGUGUAGGGCUCUUGGUUGUUUCCCGCGAAUAAAGGUGGUGCACACAUCAAGCCAUGUCCAUGGUCAGAUCUACAUCCCAGAGGUGAACUGGGUGCUCAUGUCCCUCUGCUUGGCCGUCACGAUUGGAUUCCGAGACACCGAGAUGAUUGGCAACGCCUAUGGACUUGCAGUGAUCUUGGUGAUGUGCGCAACGACAUGCCUGAUGUUCCUGGUGAUCACCACCGUGUGGAACCGGUGGGUGGUGUGGGCGGCGGCCUUCACCGUCGUCUUCGGCUCCGUCGAGCUCCUCUACCUAUCGGCGUGCCUCGCCAAGGUCCCCCAUGGCGGCUGGCUCCCGCUCCUCCUCUCCCUCACCACGCUGCUGGUGAUGUCCACGUGGCACUACGGCACCGCCAUGAAGCAGCAGCACGAGGUCCAGAACAAGGUCUGCCUGGACCACUUCCUCGGCCUCAGCUCCGGCAUCGGCCUCGUCCGCGUCCCCGGCGUCGGCUUCGUCUACUCCAGCACCACCAAUGGCGUCCCCCCCAUGUUCGCCCACUUCGUCACCAACUUCCCGGCCUUCCACCGGGUCCUCAUCUUCGUCUCGCUGCAGACGCUCGCCGUGCCCAAGGUCUCGCCGGAGGAGAGGUUCUUGGUCGGCAGGAUCGGCUCGCCGGCGAACCGCCUGUUCCGGUGCAUCGUCCGGUAUGGGUACAAGGAGGGCAGGUGGGACCACUUCAACUUCGAGAACCAACUGCUGAUGAAGGUCGUCGAGUUCCUCCGCCACCAGGACGGCAGCGGCGGAGGCGGCGGCGAUCGGAUGUCCGCCGCCGCCUCCGGCGAGGACGAGGCCAUGUCGGUCAUCCCCGCCACGUCGUCCUCCGGCGGAAGCAAUCAGCACGCCUUUGACGCCGGGACGACGACGAGCUCGUGCGAGAUCGACGCCACCGCAGGCGGCGGCGGCAGGAGGAAGGUACGGUUCGACAACGACGGCGGCGGCGGCGGCGAGGAGGAGGAGGAGGCGGCGGAGGUGAAGGAGCUGAUGGAGGAGAAGGAGGCCGGCGUGUCGUACAUGAUCGGGCACACGUGCGUGUUCGCGCACGAGUCAUCGUCGGCGGUGAAGAAGUUCGCCGUCAACGUGGUGUACGGCUUCCUCCGGCGAAACUCGCGGCGGCCGGCGGUGGUGCUCGGCAUCCCGCAUACCUCCCUCAUCGAGGUCGGCAUGGCGUACAGGGUAUAGUAGUGUAGUAUAUAUACUCCGUAUAUACAACUAUACGUACAUACAUACAUACAUCGCUGAAGAGAGUGUAGCAUUUCAUAGCCUCACUUAGUGUUGAUAACCAAAACUGGCAAGGGGGUAGAAUUAGAAGAUGAGAAACGGUUUAUAUUUGGGACCAAUAUAACCGAGUCAUUCUAAUAGUCAACUCACAAUCAAAGCUAGGUUGACUUGGUUACAUCCAAAUUAGUUACGGGAGGGGAGGGAUGAAUUAUGAAUAGAUUAGUUGUGUAGAACACCUGGGCCGUGAUUUGCAGAUGGGUCGCCCAUCAGCCAUCCCCUAGGUAAGGGACUCAAAAUGAACUUAUUCCUCCCCAGAACAUCAAACAAAUCUUUCUUCCCUCCC